AUCUUAUUGCAUCGACGCUCGCGCUUUUGCCCAACAGACUAUCGAUCGGGGGUGCUUGCUUGAGACGGUUCUGUCUGUACUAUUGCGGCUUUACUCUCCUUCUCUGAAGCGAAGCCACUGUCACUUCAAUCGUGUGACUAAAAUUUGUUGACAUUUCGUUACUCCAUCCAGCUGGAAGAGCUGGAGUGUCUGUCUGCCUGGGAAUGAAUGCAAGCAGUUCAGAAUUGUGCAACGGGGUCAUAUAAGGGUGGCAGACUGCUGAGGCAAUUCGACCGCGUACGUGCAUGGCGCACGCGUUCAUUCAAUACUGGGCAGCUAAGUUUUCGAGAGAUGAAGCAAGAUGAUUCCUGCGCUAAUUACUCUUUUGAACACUCAGCAUCGUUGAUUUUUUUUGAUGUCGCUCAUGAAAGCGUCAGUUGGACGUUUAUUUUGCAACGAGGUCAAGACAAAGCCGCCAUUUGCGGAGAAUCGAAGUGUCGAACCGUGUUGGGUGACUCUUCAGGUAACGUCCGUCCAACAUCCUGUGUAUGUCGUCAGUGCGGUGCGUACAUACAUGACCGCACGCGCGAGAGAUGAUUUCAUUUUUUAAGAGAUCAUCGAAUAAUUUCAGGGGAA